GGUUGCACCUCCUCCGUCUCUCCGGCUUUGUACCCCGAGCUGAAAACACGCUGCGGACACCUUCUCUAGGAUACCGGGGCUGCAAUACAUCGGAAAAAAUGGCUCUCCACGUCCCCAAACCCCCGGGGUUCGCCCAGAUGUUAAAGGAUGGCGCAAAGCACUUUUCAGGACUUGAAGAGGCAGUCUAUCGUAACAUCAGAGCUUGCAAGGAGCUUUCUCAGACCACACGCACUGCAUAUGGACCCAAUGGUAUGAAUAAAAUGGUUAUCAACCACCUGGAGAAGUUGUUUGUCACCAAUGAUGCAGCAACCAUCCUCAGAGAACUUGAGGUGCAACAUCCAGCAGCCAAAAUGAUAGUGAUGGCAUCCCACAUGCAGGAGCAGGAAGUAGGAGACGGCACCAACUUGGUGCUGGUGUUCGCUGGAGCUCUGCUGGAGCUGGCUGAAGAGCUGCUGAGGAUGGGCUUGUCUGUGUCAGAGAUCAUUGAUGGUUAUGAGAAGGCAUGUAAAAAAACCCUGGAGAUCCUGCAAGACUGCAUAUGUUCCUCUGCCAAAAACCUCCACGACAUAAACGAGGCCACGGCUCUCAUCCGCACGGCGGUCAUGAGUAAACAGUACGGGAACGAAGACUUCCUCGCCAACCUCAUCGCUCAGGCCUGUGUGUCCAUUUACCCAGAGUCCGGCAAUUUCAAUGUUGAUAACGUCAGAGUGUGCAAGAUUAUGGGUUGUGGGGUGACGGCAUCCACCGUGCUUCAUGGCAUGGUCUUUAAGAAGGAGGUAGAGGGAGACGUUACAUCUGUUAAAGACGCCAAGAUCGCAGUGUUCUCCUGCCCCUUCGACUGCAUGGUGACGGAGACCAAGGGCACCGUGUUGAUAAAUAAUGCACAGGAACUCCUGAACUUCAGUAAGGGGGAAGAGGACUUGAUGGAGGCUCAGGUGAAGGCUAUCAAAGAAGCUGGAGCCAACGUGGUGGUUACCGGUGGCAAAGUGGCCGACAUGGCUCUGCACUACGCCAACAAGUACAAGCUGAUGGUGGUCAGGCUAAACUCCAAGUGGGACCUCAGGAGGUUAUGCAAGACUGUGGGAGCUGUGGCUCUGCCCAAAAUGAUGGCUCCGACUCCAGAUGAGAUUGGUCACUGUGACAACGUUUACCUAACAGAGGUGGGAGACACUCAGGUGGUGGUCUUCAAACAUGAGAAGGAAGACGGCACCAUCUCGACCGUGGUCAUCAGAGGCUCCACUGACAACCUGAUGGAUGACAUUGAGAGGGCUGUGGAUGAUGGUGUCAAUACCUUCAAGGUUCUGGUCAGGGACAAACGACUGGUUCCUGGAGGAGGAGCCACAGAGAUUGAGCUGGCCAAACAGAUCACCUCAUUUGGAGAGUCCUGCCCUGGAUUGGACCAGUAUGCCAUUAAAAAGUUUGCUGAAGCCUUCGAGACAUUGCCGCGUGCCCUGGCUGAGAACUCCGGAGUGAAGGGGAACGAGCUCCUCUCUAAACUGUAUUCUGCGCACCACGAGGGAAACAAAAACAUCGGCUUUGACAUCGAGGGAGAUGGACCGGCUGUGAAGGACAUGCUUGAGGCCGGCAUUCUGGACCCCUACCUGGUGAAACACUGGGCCAUCAGGCUAGCCACCAAUGCUGCCAUAACAGUGCUGAGAGUGGAUCAGAUCAUCAUGGCCAAACCAGCAGGUGGUCCCAAAGCUCCCCGGGGCAACAAGGACUUUGAUGAUGAUGACUGAACCUAAAGCUUCUCAUGUGAUGUUCCUGUUGCAUUCACAAAUCUUUUCUACUUGUUUAUUUAAAGCUCAACUGUUUGGUUUGUUUUGUAGACAACCUCUGGUUGCAUUGAUCAACAACAUAUGUGAAAGAAGAAAGUACAGAUGGCUUUGUUUGCUUUUUAUGUUCUUAGGUCCCAAAUAAAAGGCACUUGUGCUGUUAA